ACGGAGAGAGAGCAGUGGUGAAGUGGGACUAGAGCGAGGGAUCCAAGCCGACAGCUUUCUUAAUAGAGCAUGAUUAACUCAGUUGAGAAGCAGGGACUCGUUGUGUUACAGCAGCAUUUCCAGCUCCAUAUUCGGAUGUAAACGUGUAGGAUUUACAUGAUGUCGGCGGUACAUUUGUUUCUGAAGGCAGGUUUAAUAAUGGACCCACCACAAAACUUCAAACGAUGGCUGCGUUUUUUAUUCUUUAGCCUCCUUUUUGGUGUUUCGUUCGGAGAAGUCCGUUAUGUCCUUCCAGAGGAGAUGCAGCGGGGCUCUGUGAUCGGGAAUGUUGCGCGGGAUCUGGAGCUGAAAGUGACAGAGCUUGGUGCUCGUCGCGCCCGGGUUGUUGCUGAAGGAACCGGCCAGCUGUGUGAACUGGACACUGCGUCAGGCAAUCUUUUGAUCAGCCAGCGGAUAGACCGAGAGGAGCUCUGCGCGCAAGCAGCUGUCUGCAUCCUACAGUAUCAGCUCUUACUGGAGGCUCCCCUCCAAGCACACAGCUUAGUUCUGGACAUUGCUGAUAUAAAUGACAACAGCCCAGUUUUUGCUGCUGGAGACAUAAAUCUGGAUUUAGUCGAAUCCACAGUCCUGGGGAGGCGCUUUCCAUUGGAGAGCGCGCAUGACCCCGAUCUGGGCACCAACUCAAUACGUGAAUAUAAACUGAGCCCGAACGAUCAUUUUGCACUGGAAAUGAGCACGCAAAUAAACGGCAAUGCCUAUCCGGAACUUGUUCUUAAAAAGCCCCUGGACAGGGAGGCAAAGGCUGAACAUCUACUGAAAAUCAAUGGAAUUGACGGGGGUAAUCCAGUGAGAUCAGGAACCGCCUCUAUACACGUCCGUGUUUUGGAUGCCAAUGACAAUGUCCCAGUUUUUAGCCAACGAGUUUACAAAGCGUCUGUGCCAGAAAACUCUGCCGUAGGGACUGUCAUAUUGACACUGAACGCCACGGACUUGGAUGAAGGGGUUUAUGGGGAGAUAACCUACUCUUUCAGUCACCUUUCAGACAAGGUCGCAGGAGUUCUUGAUAUGAAUCCCCUGACUGGAGAAGUACGGGUAGUUGGUCUCAUUGACUAUGAGGAGGCUAGUACGCACGAGUUAGAUGUUCAGGCUAAAGAUGGAGGUGGUCAGGCCUCUCACUGUAAACUUAUAAUUGAUGUCAUUGACGUAAAUGACAAUGAGCCUGUGAUAGAAAUAAAGUCAGCAUCUGCAAACAUAGGUGAAGACUCUAAACCAGGUACCAUGGUUGCUCUGAUUAAUAUCUAUGACAUGGACACUGGAAGCAGUGGGCAAGUCACAUGUACGAUCCCAGACAAUGUUCCAUUUAAAUUUGUUUCAGAGGUGAAAAACUAUUACAUGUUAGUGACUGACGGGAAACUAGACAGAGAGCUUCAGCCAGGGUAUAACAUCACAAUAACUGCCACUGAUGCAGGCUCCCCCUCACUAUCCAGUGUAAAAGUUCUAACAAUCGUGGUUAUUGAUAUAAACGACAACCCCCCGACUUUUAUGCAGAGCGAGUACAAUGCCAACAUAUUGGAAAACCAACCAAUUGGAACGUUUGUCAUGAAAGUGAAAGCGGAGGACACUGACGAUGGACCUAAUGCUAAAGUGCUAUUCCAAAUUUCAACGGACACAAACUCAGAAGUGACCUCUUUUCUCACCAUCAACUCAGACACGGGGGAGCUCUUCACGUCUCGUCUCUUCGAUUAUGAACAGUCAGUUCACUUCCAAAUCAAGGUGAUCGCUCGGGAUGGAGGCGACCCCCCGCUCUCUGCUACCUGCACGAUACACGUUUUCAUUAAGGACCAAAAUGACAAUACACCAGCGGUCCUAUAUCCUGUCCAGUCCAACAGGUUCAUCGCUGAAGAUAUGGUGCCAAUAGAAGCACCCAGAGGGUACCUGGUUACUAAAGUGGUAGCUGUGGAUGCAGACUCUGGCCACAACGCCUGGCUUUCUUACAAAAUAGUCAGAGCAACGACACCUAACCUGUUUAUGGUGGGUCUGCACACAGGUGAAAUCAGAACAGCGCGACCAUUCAUGGAGGAUGAGGAACAGAAACAGACUGUUGUUGUUUUGGUAACGGACAACGGGCCAGAAUCUCUCUCCGCCACUGCUACAGUCAGCAUAGUAAUCGGGGAUGGGCUGCCGGUUUUAAAUGAACUUUUUGAGUUUGCUGAUGAAUCACAGGACAGCUAUAACCUCACGCUCUAUUUGAUCAUCGCUCUGUCAACCGUUUCUUUCCUUUUCCUCCUUUUAAUCUUCGGGGUGUUUUAUUUUAAACUGUGCCGGCGGAGUCAUGUUUACCGUUCAACAACUGCCAGUCUCCCCGUCUUCCCCACAACCUACUGCCCCACUGGUUUUACAGACUUCAGUCAUUGUGGGACUCUGCUAAAUGAUGAUCGCUAUGAUUCCUUCUUGACCACUGGCUCGUGGCGAGGGGAUUUCCGUUUUGGCGCAAACACUGACACUGACACACUGAAGAAAAGAAGCGCAGCCUAUCAGAAAAACACCCUGAGGCGUAUUAGUGCAGACAGAGCUACUCUGAAGGUGAGGGCAGGUGUACCUCACCCUUGCUACGUGGUCAAGUGAGAAUCGACCAUAACAUAUAUAGCACAUAUACAGUAUGGUCAAAUAUUCCCGGCCCCUUCUGACUGUCAAAUUAAUUAUAAUUCCAUUAUUUUUUAUCAAGGUUGAAUAGAAUUACUAGUAAAUACCAUACUGUUAUGUUCACUUUUCUACAAGUAUUUGGAUGAAAAUGAUGUAAGUGCAUCACAAUGUUUUGUAAUGGUCUUAGAGAUUUGUAUAUUACCUUAUUCCUGUUUCGCCUGAAAUGUGAUCAUGAGUUUAAAUGGUGAUCUUAACCUUGUGUCUUCUGAAAUACAUUUUGAAAACAGUAUAAACUAUGCCGUUUGAUUUAAUAAAGCAAUUAUGCUGUUCAAUUAUAUACAGCUUCUUGUGUAACAUCAGUCAGGUUUGUUUUGAAUGCCUGCCUAAUUAUAUUAUUGUACACUAGUUUGAACUAUUUUACUCUCUUUUCUCGAUUGCUGGGUUGCCAUGUUUAUUUUUCUCUCAGUUGUUAUUUGCUUAUAUGAAUUGUUGCCACAUCCUAACAACCUAAACAGAUGGUUGUAUGGUAUUAAUGAAAAACAUAAGCAUGAGUUUCUCUCUGAUAAAAUCUCAUAAUAUAUAAAUAUUAAAUAUGUCCAUUAAGAAGAUAAAUAUAACCAAUAACCUUAUGUUGAUGUGUCUCAUAUUUUGCAUUUACAAUGCAUGGCAGUCCUCUGACUAUAUUAACCCAUAUGUCUUCUGAGAUUGAUACAGUUGAUAUAAUAUAUAGUCUGAGCUGUUGGUUCGCUUCGUCUGUGGUAAACUUGUCUUUGCCUUGUUUUUGAAAAACAAUCUCUUUUCAGCUGGAAUACAUUCAAUUCAGUUUUUGGAAACUGCUUUUAUGUUUUCAGAAAGUUACACAUGAUUUGUUGUGACAGACAUUUAAAGCUUAACAUUUGCACUACAUGUCAUGACUUGAAAAAUGUUUGAACAGACUGUAUAUUUCUGAAAAAUAAACAUUAAGAGAUGAUUGUGUUACACUUCUCCAUGAGCAUGACCUGCUGCACAGAAGUUGUGAAAGACAUGAGUGAAGCUCAGUAACAGAAACUUAACCACACGGUUAUCAUAACAACAACACUUGGUAAAGCAAAUUCACCCCCCAAAAACUUGUAAGCCACACAGUCAAUAAAAAGGACAGU